AGUGAAAUCCCAGCCAACCUUUCCAUGGAGCUUGGGCCCAGACGAGAGACAGUGGUGACGCAGAAAGCAGACAUGGAGCAACAGCCCAUCAGACCGACGUGGAGCAGGCAGAUAGAGUUCACCCUGGCCGGCAUCGGCUGUGCCGUGGGCCUGGGCAACGUUUGGCGGUUCCCUUAUCUCUGCUACAGGAGUGGAGGAGGUGCCUUUCUGGUGCCGUACCUGUUCAUGCUGGUGGUGUUGGGGGUCCCUCUGCUCUACAUGGAGCUGACUGUGGGUCAGUACACCAGGAGAGGGCCUGUCCAUGCUCUGGCUAACGUCUGCCCGCUGUUAAAAGGAGUGGGCAUCGCAUCAGUGGCCAUCUCCUUCAUCAUGUGCAUCUACUAUAACGUGGUCAUCACCUGGGCCCUCUAUUACCUCUUCAGCUCCUUCCAGUCACCGCUACCAUGGCAGAGCUGCAACAACACCUGGAACACACUUAACUGCACCAACCAUGCCACCAACAGCAGCUACUCCUCCACAGCCAGCCAGGAGUUCUUCAAAUACAAGAUGCUGGAGCAGACUAGUGGAGUAGAUGAAGCAGGAGUGGUCCGGUGGGAGCUUCUCCUCAUUCUCUUUCUGGCUUGGAUCCUCAUUUACUUUUGCAUCUUUAAGGGGGUAAAAUCAACAGGCAAGGUGGUGUACUUCACGGCUCUGUUCCCGUACGUUAUCCUGAUUGCUCUGCUGAUCAAUAAUGCGCAGCUUCCUGGAGCAUUAGAUGGGAUAACUUUCUUCAUCGUGCCGGAAUGGCACAAGCUGCUCUCAGUGGAGGUGUGGGUGAAUGCUGCAGCUCAGAUCUUCAACUCCAUUGGGAUUGGUUUCGGCUCCCUCUUGGCCAUGUCCAGCUACAACUCCUUCAACAACAACGUUCUGAAGGACACCCUGACUAUAUCCAUCAUCAACUCCCUCACCAGCAUCCUGGCAGGUUUUGUCAUAUUCUCUGCUUUUGGAUACAUGUCUCAUCUGCAGGGCAUCCCUGUCAGCGAACUGGCUGUGGAUGGUCCAGGACUGGUUUUUGUUGUUUACCCACAAGCCUUUGCCAACAUGCCAGUGGCUCAGCUCUGGGCCGUGAUGUUCUUCUUCAUGCUGCUUUGUCUCGGACUGGACAGUGAGUUUGCAAUGGUUGAAGUGAUGGUGACCAGUCUCAUGGAUGAGUACUAUCAACAGCUGAUUCAGUUCUUCAAGCGGAAGGAGCUGUUUGUUCUUGCUAUUUGCAGUGCAGCGUGCCUUCUAGGAAUACCUUGUGUCAUGCAGGUGGGCAUCUAUGUGUUCCAGCUCAUGGACCAUUACACUGCUAUAGUGUCCAUCAUAUUUCUGGCAUUCUUUGAGGUUAUAGCCAUCUGUUGGCUUUAUGGAGUGAAACGACUUUCAGACAACCUGGAGGAGAUGACUGGAAAAAGACCAAACAUCUUCUUCAGACUGUGUUGGCAAAUAGUUGCUCCUGUGCUGAUCACUGUUAUACUGAUUUUCUCCAUCAUCCAGUUUAAACCAGCCCGCUAUGAGGACUACGUCUUCCCUCCCUGGGCUCAGGGGGUCGGCUGGCUCAUUGCCAUGGGUUCCAUCAUCUGGAUUCCUUUGGGUGUUCUUCACACAUUAUGGGUGCUACCUGGCUCGUUCAUGCAGAAACUGAAGCUGUCCAUCACACCAAACGCCCUAAAUGAAAAGUCAAAGACGGCGUAUUAUGAGAGGGGAGGAGGAGAUGCACAUCCAGGCUUAGCUGUCAUCAGCUCCAACAUCCCUCUACCUGAAAAACUUCCUAUACAGACAAACAUGUGAUACCUCUGUGCUUUGCACAAUUCUCAUAUUCAGCCACCAAGAGAAGCAUUUUUAAAAAAAAGAUUUAAUCACAAAUUAUUGUUUGUCAUUACCUUUAAAUCUUCGACAAACUUCCAACAAAAGUAUAAGACAAAAAUGAUUUACAUGAUUAUGAAAAUGUGUCUGCCAUGCAGAUAUAUUAAAAUGGGCAUUUUUUUUUAGCCUGUUAAUUAAGUUUGUUGUUGUAAAUUUUGUUGAACAGUUUUGCUGAUUUCCAAUGUGACGAGAUGUGGAAAUACGGCGUUUAGAAUCCGUUAUUGUUGUGUACAUCUUUAAUAUCCGGCCAACACUUCCUCUGUUGCCCAGAGCUUCAAACGGCUCAGGACUUCACACGCACUCCCCUGCCCCAUUUGUGGACUUUGCUUUGCUAAGGGUGCCAUCUUUUGGCCACGUCUGAUGAUGCAAGCAUGAGAGUUGAUAAAUCUGAGGUCGGGUACUGUACUAUAGACACAUUUUAAACUAAGAAAAUGACAAAGUAACGGCACUAUUUAACAUUCACAGUUC